AUGAAUAGAGUAAACCACGAACUAUUAUUUUUAGCUAAACCAACUCAAAUUAAAAAAUACUCCAUGACUACCCCAAGACAAACCAUUUAUAUUAACAAUCUUAAUGAGAAAGUUUCAAUAAAUAAAUUGAAAAAAGAGUUGCAACUUACAUUCGAUACAUGUGGGAAAAUACUACAGAUUUCAGCACUCAAAACAUUGAAACUAAAGGGACAAGCAUUUAUCACAUUUGAAGAUAUACCCAGUGCCACAAAGGCUCUAGAGUUCAAUAAAAAAGAUUUAUUGGCUAAGCCUAUGAAUGUCACUUAUGCAAAGUCCGAUGCUGAUGUGAUUUCAACUGAUGAAAGUAUAGCACAACGUAAAGAGUUACGGAGUAAGAAAAGAAAAUUGGAUAAAAUGGGUACCAAGAAUGACAAACAAAUAAAGAAAUUAAGAGAUGAAUGGAAAGAAUUACCUCCUAACCAUAUAUUAUUAAUUCAAAACUUGGAACAUUUUGAUGAUUUAAAAAUUUUCUUUGAAAAAUUUGCUGGGUUUGAUAAUGUGAGAUUGGUAAAAGUGAAAAGCUUGGCUUUUAUUGAAUUUGAAAAUGAAGAAUUGGCAAAAUCAUGCUUGGAUCAGACAACAGAGGAAGCUUUAAUACAAUUUGGACACGAUGUGAUACUUUCGUUUGCUAAAAAAUAG